UAAGAUAAUUUGUGGUACAGAAAGUGAUAAAAUAAGGAGAUCUGAUUUUCUUGCAAGCACAACCUAUUUUGAUGGUUUGCGAUGUCAAAGAACAAAACUGUCUAUUUCACAUGUAAAAAAUAAACAUAAAGGGAUACAUUUUCAUAGAUUUUAUAGUCUGUUGCUGGUAUAGCAAGUCAUUAGAAACUCCAUAAGGGAAAAACAUUGUCCCUUUUAAACAGCAGUGCUAUAUGUUUAGUGAUAUAAUACUUGUUUAUCUGUAACCUGAAUCUGUUGUACAUGAAUAACCCGCACUGUGUCUGCAUCUCCUCCCAGGUGGCCAAACAGAAUGGUUUCCCCAGCUAUAGCCUUGGCUUUCAUUCCCUUCAUAGCCACCGUGAUCAUUCGUUAUCGUCAUUACUUCCUCCUGUUCUACCGAGCGGUCAUUGUGCGCAAGAUCCAGGACUAUCUGACCGGCAUCCCACGAGAAGAGAGGGCUUUCCAGUACGUGAUCACUCAUGCUAUUCCUGGGGAUACACAGCAUGUGCUUAAUACCUUCGAUCAAUACUGUUACCACUGCGAGCACCUGAGCAACAUUGGACCUUACAAAGGGAAAAUCCUGGAUCGGCUAAUCUAUGAGAAUGCGCCUCUCAACGUGUUGGAACUUGGCACUUACUGUGGGUACGCGACCAUAAUCAUUGCUCAGGCCUUGCCUCUAGGUGCCCGGCUUUAUACAGCUGAUGCCAAUCCUAAGAGGGCAGCAGUGGCCGAGAAAGUAAUUCGACUGGCAGGGUUUGAUGAUGAUACGGUGGAGCUUCUGGUUGGAUCCUCAGAUGAGAUCAUCCCACAGUUGAAAGACAAACAAGGGGUACAGAAGUUGGACUUUAUCUUCAUGGAUCAUGGGAAGCGCUGCUACCUCCGGGACCUCCAGUUAUUAGAGGAGGUGGGACUGCUUCGUGAAGGUACCAUUAUCCUGGCAGACAACGUGCUGUUCCCUGGAGCACCUCACUUCCUGCAGUAUGUCAAGAGUUCUGGGAAAUACCAAUGCAAAAUACAUCGAGGCAGCCUGGAAUAUUUCCGAUACAUAAGAGAUGGAAUGGCAGAACUUACUUACACCAAACUGGCAUGAGUCUUGUCAAGUCAGUGUGCCAAGACAUGGCUUCUCAAGAACAGGAGAUAUAGGUUUCCUGUGAUCUCAUUUUAAUCAUUUGCUUCCAGAAAUGUCAUUGCAGAUCUGUAUGCAAAUUAAAUGUUUAAAAGCAAUUAAAACUAUAAUUUUGUUAGUGAACUUUGAAAAGUUUUGGAACCCAGUGGCAUACCCCUUGAAAACCUUUGUCAGUGUUUAUUUUACAUCCUGUUCUGUGGCCAGUUAGGGAAAGACAUAAAUGAACUCAUAUGCAUAUCAAGCAAUCACUGUGCAGUAUGCAACACUGUCAGAAUUCAAUGGAAUGUACUCCAGCCUCUCUGGCACCAAUAGAAAAACUUACAUUAUAAGAUUUGAAUUGCAGGAAAAGCAGUCACAAUAAAGAAUAACAGGGGAAUAUAA